AUGCUCGGCUUCCAGGUUCUUCUCGUCGCCCUCCAGGCGUGGGCGAUCACCGCUGCUCCUCUUCUUGUUGCUCGCCAAAAGGAUACCAUCACCACCGCUCUCGGCAUGGUCCAGGGCUCCCUCGAAAAGCUCGACACCGCCGUCAAGGGAAUUUCCGCGAGCGACGCCAACUCUGUGGCUCCGGUCCUCACCGCAGCUCAAGGGGCUCAAGAUGCUCUCGUCAUGGCUACAUCCAUGAUCGACGGCGCCGACAACAUUGGUGUCUUUGGCGCGCUUGGUCUUCAGCAGACUGCCGACGGCCUCGUUACACAGGUCCAGACUACCCUCGGCGAUCUCUCUCAGAAGAAGCCCGUGUUCGACCAGCUCGGCGUCACCUCCGUCGUCAAGGAUGCUCUGAUGCAACAAAAGUCUGGCAGUGGCGCGCUCGGUGACACCCUCCUCAGCAAAGUCCCCGCCCUCGCCCGCCCGAUUGCCCAGCAGAGUACCGGUGCACUUACGGAGGCUUUGGAUGGCGCUAUUGCGACCUUCUCGGCAUAG